UUGCAACACCUCAGGGCGGAGGGUGUUUCGGUAAAAGGCAUUGUAGUGUAAUUUUAUGUGACAAUGCCGGGCGUGGUAUUUUUAAUUGUUGUGCCAACAGCUAAUUUUGAACGUGAGCUUUAUUAUGGUAACAAUCAAGAUUUGUCAUCACCGAACAUACCGGUCCAUACAAUAGCCACCAAGGGAGGUAUUGGCGUGGGCGGCAUUGGCGGCGGAGGUGGGGUCAAUAAUAACCUUAACAUCAAUCUUCCGGAAAAUAACAACGCAAUAUUAAGACUUGAAGUUGAGCUACGUGACAAGAAUGCACCCAAAUACCGACGUGCAGCCGGUCUGCCAUCUUCAGCAGCGGGUGGAGGACGAGGCCGUGGUGGUAUGGCCACAAGGCCAGGUGGCCAUAAUAAUCGUGCCAUUACAGAUGGUAGUGGAGGGGGCGGUGGUAACAUUACUAAUGUUAUGACCGACUUAAAGGGUAAUACAAUAAUACCCCUAGAAAAGGUUCUUGAAGAAUUACUGGUUAAGUUGGAAAUAGAGCACGUCACCUGGACGACAAGUAAAAAAGGAUACUUUCAUCAUGUUGUGUUCCCAUUGCAAUCGGGAGAGCCAUGUGAAACCACUUUACAUUGUUUAACGGAACUGGGUAUUGGCACUAAAUUGAAUUCUAGUGUCAGUGUCCUACCCUGCAGUGUUAGCUAUGAUGCCUUAACUGUUAUGGAAGAUGUUAGCGAUCCAUUGGAUGGUGAAGAACUGUCGAAGUGGAACAAUUUUGUGGAAUCAAUUAAAUCGAAGUUAACCGUAAAACAGGUUGUUGAUGGUGUACGUGCCGGGGGUUCAUUGUCCUUUGAUUAUCUGCUACUAAUUGUAACGGCCGAUUCCUUGGCCGCUUUAGGUUUAGUGGAGAAUAAUGCACCCAACAUUACGGCAGCUAUGUUGGUAUCACCGUUAAUGGGUCCUGUGAUGUCUAUUACAUUUGGCACCAUUAUUGCUGAUCGGGAAUUAAUU